GAGAGAGAGAGAGAGAGAGAGAGAAGUAGAAACUUUUCAAAGGACAGCCAGUGUAGUUGAGAGGGAGCAUGGACCCAAGGUGACUCUAUAGGGAACUGAUGCACUGCAGGCAGUUACUUCCACAACUUUUACAAGGGGAAUUUAGUGAGCUUUGAGAGAAAAGAAGAAGAGAAAAGAUAAGAAAAGAAGAGCAAAAACUGUCUGAAAAGGACAGAGAAAAAAGGAAAAAGGAAAAAUAGAAGGAAGCAGGAAAAGGAGACAGUAGCCAUUUGAAUACCUUCCCAAGACACAAGAGACAAAGGCCUGUCACCGCUGGGUCAUCGGAUCACCAAAGGAAACACAAAACACCACUUUGAAAAGAAUUUGAUUUGUUGUUGAGUAUCCAUCAUGGGAGAUCGACAUCACCACCAUAUUGGGGUUGGUAGGCCUGUCUACACCCUCCUACUCAGCAUAGCUCUGGCCUGGCUGGCCCUGUUGUCUGAGGUCCAGGGCCGUAUGGAUAGAGCCAGGACAGAGGAGGAGAGUGGAGCAGGGCUGCUGAUGAGGGUGAAGAGAGGCUGGGUAUGGAACCAGUUCUUUGUGCUGGAGGAGUACACUGGACUGGAGCCGCUGUACAUAGGAAAGCUCCACUCAGACAUGGACCUAGCAGACGGCUCCAUCAAGUACAUCCUGUCAGGCGACGGUGCGGGCACCACCUUCACCAUCGACGACAGUACAGGCGACAUCCAUGCUAUCAAGAGGCUGGACCGCGAGGUCAAGGCCCAGUACCUGCUGCGAGCCCAGGCCUGGAACCGACAGACAGACCGACCGCUGGAGCCUGAGUCUGAGUUUAUCGUCAAAAUCCAGGACAUCAAUGAUAACGAACCUAAGUUCCUGGAUGGGCCCUACCAGGCCACCAUACCUGAGAUGUCAACCAUUGGCACAGAGGUGAUUCGGAUGACAGCCACAGAUGCAGAUGACCCUACGUAUGGUAACAGUGCCAGGGUGGUCUACAGCAUCCUACAAGGACAGCCAUACUUCUCUGUAGAGCCCAAGACUGGCGUGGUGCGUGUGUCUCUGGCAGGCAUGGACCGCGAGGUCAGGGAGAACUACUCCGUCAUCAUCCAGGCCAAGGACAUGGGUGGCCAGCUAGGGGGUCUGACCGGAACCACAGCGGUCAACAUCACCCUCAGUGACGUCAACGAUAACCCACCCAUGUUUGAUCAGAAGCUGUACCAGAUGAGUGUUCCAGAGUCGGCUCUGGUGGGGUCUGUUGUGGGUCGAAUCCGGGCGAAGGACCGUGACAUUGGCAUCAAUGCAGAGAUGAGGUACAGCAUAAUCGACGGAGACGGGAGGGACACCUUCGACAUCAACACAGACCCCACCAACCUGUUUGGCAUCAUCACCAUCAAAAAGCCUCUGAACUUUGAGAGCAAGGCAAGCUACACUCUGAAGAUAGAAGGAGCCAACAUACACCUUGACCACCGUUUCCUGGAUAAGGGCCCAUUCAGCCAUGUCACCAUCGUUCACGUCAGCGUAGAGGAUGUGGACGAACCCCCAGAGUUUGGCUCGGCUGCCUACUACAUAGAGGUCCCUGAGGACGCAGAGAUCAGCAAAGUGUUUAUGACGGUCUCCGCUAGAGACCCCGAUGCUGCCAACACCUCCAUCAGGUAUUCCAUAGAGAGGACCACUGACCUGGGGAAAUACUUCUACAUUGACAUCACUUCCGGGGCGUUGAUGACAGUGCUUCCUUUGGACAGAGAGGAGAUCUCCUGGCAUAACAUCACCGUCCUGGCCAUGGAGAUGAAUAACCCCAGGAUGAUCGGGAGUGUGUCUGUAGCCGUGAAGAUUCUGGAUGUGAAUGAUAACCCUCCAUCGCUGACACAGUACUUUGAAGCCUUUGUCUGUGAGCGCGCAAAUGCUGGACAGCUGAUUCAGACAGUGACGGCAGUAGACCCAGAUGAUCCUCUGGGAGGUCAUCACUUCUACUACAGCCUGGCCCCAGAGGCAGCAAACAACCCCAACUUCACCCUUAGAGACAACCAAGACAACACAGCAUGGAUCCUGACGCGUCGUGGGGGCUGGUCUCAGCAGGAUCAGUCAGUCUACUACCUUCCUAUCUUCAUCUCAGAUGGAGAGCAGCCGGUCCAGACCAGCACCAGCACCCUGACCAUCCGUGUGUGUAGCUGUGAUGUGGACGGCAACGUUAUGUCCUGUAAUGCUGAGGCCUACCACCUCCCGGCUAGUCUGAGCAGAGGGGCGCUCAUCGCCAUACUGGCAUGUAUCUUCGUCCUGCUCGUGAUGAUCCUGCUCAUGUUGUCCCUCCGGAGCCACCGUAAGAAGCCCUACCUGCACGAUGAGGAAGACAACAUCCACGAGAACAUUGUCCGCUACGAUGACGAGGGGGGCGGAGAGGAGGACACCGAGGCCUUCGACAUCGCUGCCAUGUGGAACCCCCGCGAGGCCCACCUAGUGGGGAAGCAACGUCAGGACAUGCUGCCUGAGAUUGAGAGCCUGUCGCGCUACGUUCCCCUGGCAUCAGUGGGAGGGCCGGGUAGCGGUUGUGGUGAUGGAAACAGCAACGUUCAGGGGUAUGUGCUAUCUAAGCUCCUGGAGGCGGAUCUGAACCCCUGCGCCCCGCCUUACGACUCCCUGCAGACAUACGCCUACGAGGGGGAGGGAUCGGUGGCCGAGUCCCUGAGCUCGCUGCAGUCUGGGUGCUCCAGUACUGAUCAUGAGUACGACUAUCUCAAUGACUGGGGGCCCAGAUUUAAGAAACUGGCAGAGAUGUACGGGGCUCUAGAGACGAACAACCCUCCCAUGUGGUAGAGGGGAGGAAGGAACGAGAGACUCCCCCCUACAUACACACACCUUAGAGAAAGACAAUAAACAGAUACAAUGACAGAGAAAUAGAGAGUUUGAAAGGUAUGCUCGCCAUUACAUUUUAGUCAUUUAGCAGACGCUC